AUCUGGAGAUAUGGGCUGCCAGUUUCAGACUCAAACACGAAUCCAAAGCAGUUGACACGCGCCGUCGAAGCCCCGCUCUCGUUUGACGGUUUUUAUUGCCUUUCCUCUGGUUCGGUUCAGUUCAAGCGUGCGAGAUACAGGAGUAGUGUUUUCACUUUCUUCCGUAAACUCCUCUGUGAAGUUUUGGACAAACCACACUGUCUCUGCAAUCCUGUCGGUUAUGGACGAAGAGUACGCCAUGGACGACGCAGCUCAGUUGCUCGAAACCGCCUCCGACUUCGGCUAUUAUCCUGGUGUUCAAAGCGAUGCUGCGGCUGAGGAGUUUCUCUAUCGUUUCCCUCUUGCUGUCAUCAUCAAUGCUUUACAAACCAGACUGCAGUAUCCUGGUUUAGAAGAUGCUCUAGUUGCUGCUCUAGAAAAGAUAUUUGAGACAAAGUAUGGGGCCUCUUUAAUCCCACACUACAUGCCUUUUGUACAAGUUGGUCUCACAGCAGAUUCUCCAUCAGUCAGACGUUUAGCUUGCAAAACUGUCACUUGCCUUUUGGAGAAUUUCGAUGAGAAGACACUCUCUGCUGCACAGCUAGUUAUUGACUAUGACAUAUAUCCUCUUUUGCUUGAUAGCCUAGUUAAUGGGGAAGAACAAGUAGCAGCUGCCUCAGUGGAUGCAAUCAAGAAGUUAGCUGGGUUCCCAGAAGGCAUGGAUAUCAUCUUCCCAGUUAAUAAAAAUGACGCUGCACAUCUUGGUAACUUGGCAGCAAGAUGUUCGUCAGUGGGACGUGUCCGUGUUUUAUCUUUGAUAGUGAAGCUAUUCUCUGUUUCCAGCAAUGUGGCAUCAGUAAUAUACAACUCAAACCUGCUUAGUUUGUUGGAAGCAGAAGUCAACAAUACAAAUGAUACCCUUGUUGUAUUGAGUGUACUGGAGCUUUUCCAUGAGUUGGUAGAAAUCCGGCAUAGUAUUGAGUUCUUGUCAAGGACCACCCUUCUGCAGUUACUACUUUCUAUUAUCAGUGACUCUUCUAAAGAAACAAUUUUAAGAUCGAGGGCAAUGAUAAUUACUGGCAGGCUUCUUUCCAAGGAGCAUGUAUACAUGCUUGUUGAUGAAUCCAGUGUCAAAGCUUUGAUUUCAGCGAUUGAUAGAAGGUUUGGAUUGUUGGAACAUCAAGAUACUGAUGAAUGUGAAACUGCACUUGAAGCAUUUGGUGAAGUUGGGUCAUCAAUAAAAGGAGCUACCUUGAUACUGUCAAUGUCACCACCUGCUGCAAGACAUGUUAUUAAUGCUGCUUUUGAUCGCCAACGACAUGGUAGACAGUUGGCUGCCAUGCAUGCUCUUGCGAACAUUGGGGGAGAAAGUCGACCAGAGAAUGACAUUGUCCUUAAUGUUAAUGCUGAAGAAAGCCUUCGGCGUUUAGUAUAUGGAGUUGCAUCAAAGAGCACGAAGCUAACACCCUCAGAGCUUUUUCUAUCUGUUCUUCAACAAGCUGCAGAAUUUCGUCUGGCGGCUUACAGAAUAAUAACAGGGUUGGUUGUUCGGCACUGGUGUCUAACGGAGAUCUGCUUGAAACAAGAGAUAAUAAAUAUAGUGACUGAUGCAACUGCUGAAUCCACAAAAAUAGGUAUGGAAUCUAGAUAUAAAUGCUGCAAAGCAAUCCACAAGGCUUUCACAUCAAGCAAACUCGCUAAUGACCCUGCUCUUGCUGGAGUGGCCGAGAAGUUGCAGGAAGCUGUCAGAAGUGGUCCAUACCUUGCCAAAAAGCAUCUCGAAUCACAGCCUGCAGUGAUGACAGCGGAGAGAUUCUAGACUUGGCCAUCGUGUAUGCUGCAAUGUGAAUCUCUCUUUUUGUCCUGCCAAUGUUGGUCUGAACUGUAAAUUAUCAUAAUAGAAGUUCAGAGUACCAUAAUCUAUGUUUCUUUUUAACAA